AUGCCAUGGGUCCGAGUUUGGAUUAAGGCUGAGGCUGAGGCUGAACAGGUUGGCGAGAAGAAACUGCAGGAAGUUCGGAGACAUGACUGCGGCACGAGUGAUCACAGGCAAAAACCAUUCAUUCCGAGGCGUAGAAACUCGACCGAUCUUGAAGAAUCUUCGCAGUAUAGCCCACCCUUUUCAACAGAGUGUGGGAGGUCUCUGAACGAACUUGGACCACUCGUUGGACUACUGCAAGCAGUAAGAGCCGUAGGGAAGUCGCACUAUAGGCUUGCUUAUCGGUGUGGUUAUGGUCCAUAG